AUGGCUGGAUCAUUAUACGCACAUGGCAGGGCUUAUGGUACAAGCUUGCGAGCGAUGUUGGAGAAGGAAGCAAAAGCCGAAUCGCCCGGCUCGUGCAGCCUAAGCUACAUUGAAGCGCUGAAGCAUAGGAUUCAAGGGCUGCAAGCACAAGUCCAAGGCGAAGAUGUUCAAUACGCCACGCCAUCGAGCCAGCUACACACGCGUACAGCAGGCCAUGAUGGUGCUCCCCAACCUCAUUCGGCUUCCGCAACCCUUGAGAUCUUGGGUGAUUCGCAGAAUGACCUACAUGAUACCAUGCAAGAAGCAUCCUAUCUCUCACUUGCUGCUAUGGCGGAACGUACAGAUCGCCAGCCGUUGCCGAUAAAAGGUCUCUCGAUUUUGACUCUGCUGUACGCUGCAAUCGGUGUCUCAGGAGCUAACCCAUCCACUUCUUCGGAGACUAACACACUGCGCUCUGGUCCGCUUGCCGACUUUCGCAAGGUGCAUGGUGUUCAAUCGACAGUUCAUGAUACCACCUUCCUUACUGAGACCAUCGAAACCGCACAAUAUUCUUUUCCGUUUCUAACAAGUCUUGAUCUAAAGGAGAUCCUCGGCGUCGUCAUCCAGGAGCACGAAGGCGAUACCUUGGCUAGUGGGGCGAAUGAAUCACCCGGAACGACUUUCAUGGCCUACAUUGCGCUCGCUAUAGGGCUUCUGCAAUCUCGAGCUUAUGUCUACAAAGAAAUAUUUGCAACAGAAUAUGCCCUAAAGGCGGUGGAUCUUAUACCGCAAGUAUUUGACCAUGAGAACGAUUCCACGAUUGUAAAGUGCUUGACCGCGCUAACAAUCUACUCGUUCUACACGGCUUUCGGAGGAUCAACAUGGCAUCUGCUUGGCCUGACUAUGACGCGCUGUAUUGCAGCUGGUAUGCAUACCAGCCGAGUUUCCGAUCCUAAUGCGGAUGACGAAGAGAAACAAAAGUGCUACAGGGUUUUCUGGACUUUAUAUUUGGUGGACACGUAUCUUAGCACCAGUCUCGAUAGGCCAGUUUGUCUCAGCGACGAUGACAUUACAGUGAGCGUACCGACAAGGACGGAUUCAAAUAUUCAAGGGAAGCUCCGUUGUGCAGUUGAGCAUGCUCAGCUACUUCGAACCAUACGACAGCAGCCUGAGACAGACGCUUGGAUUCACUACAUCAAUCUCCGCCAUUGGUAUGAGACGAUUUGUCCACCUUCGACUCCUUUGCAGGAAAACUUACGGACUCUCCAACAGAGCCAGCUAAUUAUGCGUGGCCUUAUUGAACUCAUCAAGAUGCCAUCUGCCAGGGCAAAUGAAAAUUGGGGCACGAUGCUGUGUGGAGCCGAGCCAGAUAUCAUCGACUACCUCAAUCUCUUCGAACGUCACCUUCUCGACCAGCGCGGCGCACCAUCAACGUUUGACGCCCUCGAUGUCUUUGCAGCUGGCAUUUUGAUACUGCAGCUGCCCUUACAUGUUGACAAUAGCGUCCUUACGCGCCAGAAAAGUGUAGCACAAGCUAUAAACAUUCUUACAAUGCUCUCAGUACGAUAUCCAUCGGUUCAGUGCUUGAGAGAUAUCCUUUCAGAGUAUCUUGCGAUAUCUACGACCAGUCAACUCUUUUCACCAGCAUCCUCGGAUCGCCUUCGCGCUCUCAUUGGAUAUUCAGAGGUCAACAUAUCUAUGCCUCUUCAAAAUCUGAUGAUGACAGAGCCGAGGUCUUGA